AAGUCUGUUUUUCCCCGGAAAUCGCCAGGAUACUCAGAAUAGUUAGUAAGAGUAACAAAGUCAACAAUAAUGGAUACUUUUUUACGUUCCUAUAAAAGGUGACACGACGUCCAUAGAAAAAAACAACAACAAAUGCAUAGUUAAAAACUUUGGAAGCUCCUUCCAAAGAAAAGAACCGAUAAAUCUAUUGUUUGUAGGACACUGGAAAGAGCAAUAACCGUCAGGCGUUCCUUGCGCUCACUUUCGGGACGGCGGAAACUCAAGCAAUCUCUCCAUAGCAUGGUUACCAUGGAAACAAGUGCAAUUCUCCUCUGCAUUGUCUUAGUCAUUAUCACGAUUCUUCUGUGGCGUCGUCUCAGGGGUUCCACCCCUGUCUCAGGCCUCGCCUACAAAUGGGUCCUCAUAACUGGGUGUGACACUGGAUUUGGACACCAGCUAGCUAAGCGGCUGGACAAACUUGGUCUGCGGGUGUUUGCUGGCUGUUUGUCUGAGGGCGGAGAAAAAAAUCUUCAACAAUGUUGCUCUGCAAGACUUACUACUAUAAGACUAGAUGUCACUAAACAAGUUGAUAUAGAGAAGACAUUGUGUCUGAUCACCCAAGAAAUGGCUUCGUCAUCAGGAAGUGUCUUAUGGGCCAUUGUAAACAAUGCUGGUAUCGGAUCUGGUGGUCCUUUCGACUGGAUUACUGUGCAGCAAAUGCAACGUGUGUUUGAUGUUAAUGUCUGGGGCUUGUUAAAUGUUACCAAGGCAUUUCUUCCUCUCUUGAAGAAGUCUUGUGGAAGAAUAGUGAAUGUUGCUAGUUGUGCUGGGAAACUCCCUGGCCCAGGAUUGAGUGCCUACUCAGCAUCCAAGUAUGCCGUCCAAUCAUUCUCAGAUGCCCUACGUAUUGAGAUGCGCCCAUUUGGGGUCUCUGUUCACAUUAUUGACCCUGGGUUUUUCAAGACAAACUUGACAGAUGCACAUAAUCAGAAACGUCAGUUAGAGGGAUUAUGGAAUGGGCUUGAUCAGAGGGUGAAAGAUGAAUAUGGAGAAGACUUCUAUCUCAAAGGUCAAGAGGCAAUUGAUUUCAUGGGCUGGUUUGCAUCUAGUAACACUGAAGAAGUUGUAGGUGCGAUGGAACAUGCGGUGACAUCAUGUUUCCCCUGUGUAAGGUACAAGCUUGGGUGGGACCACAAGCUUAUCUGGCAGUGGCUUGCGAUGUUACCGUCCGAGAUACAAGAUGUGUUCCUUGGAGCUUCUUUUCCUCGUCCAGCCAUGUGCAAGUAGAUCAGGGGCGGAUCCAGGAUUUUAAAAUGUGGGGGUGGAUAAUGGCCAGAUAAACAGCUUAUAGUGGCUCUUGGUAGGUCACUACAUAGAUACAAAGUCAAGCUAUUUUCUUCAAACAAAAUAACUUUUCAAUUUUUUACUCAAAAAGGGGGGUGGGAUAUCCACCCAAUCCACCCCCCUGUAUUUGCUCCUGUAGAUACAUACAUAAGUAUUGGCAGAUUAUUAGAAACUUUAUAACUAGAAACUCUAUACAGACAACUAGUUGGUCUGCAUAGGUGUGGUGUAGACAAGCUAUAAAUCAACACAAGCUUCAAAAAGUAUGUUUUACACUUCUGUGAAACAAAGUAGUUGCAUUUGAACUGUUAGCCCUUUGUUGGAGCGUUGCAGUUUCACAUAGGCGAACAACAUAAUUUUUCAACCUUGUGUUUAUUUAUAGUGUUUAAAAAACUUGAUUUGAUUAGAAGGAGAAUUCAUCUCAGACUCUACAAUAUCUGCUAUCCCUGGAUUGGAUCAUUGGAAGAAUAUCACCCCCCCCCCUUUCUGAGUUCAAAAAUAAAUAAAUAAAAUAUCAAACUUAUGCCUCCAUCCCUCUGGACCUGCUCUUGUGUCCCUAACUUUUUAUAUUUUAUUUUAUAUUUCUCUUGAUUCAAAGUCCUUGCAAAAAUGGUGUACCUUUGCCCCAUGACUACCUCUGUUCUCUGGAUGAGUAGACUUUAGGGACGAACCAUUUAAAAAGUUAAGGGGGAGAGAUUGGGACGUCUCAGUUGUGUUUUUUUUUUCUUAUCUUCAAGAUGUGCAUGAUUUUUUGGGGGUUUGCCUCAAGGGGUUUGCCGGGAUCCUGUGUCUGUAGUCGGACCCCUUUUCAUGUUGGGACGGAAGCCUCUAAAUUUUUUUUGUUUGUUUCCUUUCUAUUUGGAUUUUUUUCUUUCUGGCUCAUGUAUAUUAUGUUAUCUUUUUGUUUCUUACCAAGACCUCCCAGCUCUUUAUGUUCCUAAUGGUUCAAGAAGUACACAUAAAGCAAUUUAGUUCACUAAAAAAUAUAGAAUUUUAUUUAAAUAAAUGAAAAGUGAAAUAAACAGUCCAACACAAAA